AUGUCUGAUAGCGAUUUCAACUCGACCGUGGCUCAGAAUUUUGAAGAUCAAAAUAUGACCACAGCUUCUACCACCAGUGGAGCCACGGCACUUCCUGAACUUCACUCAUAUGGCGUGUUGGUGUUUGCAGCUUGCGUGUGGAUUAUCGUAGCUGUGUUGGGUAUAACAGGCAACACUAUGGUGAUCCUAGCGGCGAUUCUUAGUAAGCAAGUCCAGACGACCACUAAUGUUCUGGUGGUCAAUCUGAGUGUGGCUGAUCUGUGGACUUCCUUGUCUUUGCCUUGGACAAGCGUGGCGAUGCUGAGUAAUGGCACCUGGCCUCUAGCUAGCGAGAUCCCGUGCCAAAUAGCGGCGUUCAUGUGGCACACCGGUCUAGGAGCCAGCCUGUACAACCUGGCUUUGAUUGCGUUGAAUCGUCUUGUCAAGAUAACUCGCCCUAUGGCAACCUACAAUCGCAUCUUCUCACCUCGCAAGAUGGUCUUCAUUGUAGCUCUAUCCUGGUUCAUCCCGAGCUUUGUUAUCAUCUUUCCGCUAACUAUUGGUGUAGGUGGCCUUGGUUACGAUCUCAAAUACGACAGCUGUACCGAUGAUGACUUACAUCCUCGCGCAGGUGUCUACAACCUGGUCCAAACAAUCGGAUUUUACCCCGUCCCAAUGGCCACUGUCGUCGUCAGCUAUGUCAUCAUCUUUGUCCAUGUCAGGCGACACUUUAGAAAACAACUCUCCCGGACAAAGAACAGAGAUAAAGCCACAGAUGCCGUUGAGUCCGGUACUUUCAGACUUACAUUCAUAUCAACUACUUCAGGUGAGGUCACCGAGGAACACGAAGAGCCUGUAGGUGAGAAAAGAAACCGAAACAUCAGCCGCCAGCAGCUCAGGAUUACCAAGAACCUCUUCUGGGUCUUCUGCGCGUUCAUUCUCUGCAUCUCUCCGUACUACAUCUCACUCUUCUUUGCUAACAGUGAAGUCUUUGCUCUGUACGGCGGUACCAUCUUGAUCUUUAACAGUUGUGUUAAUCCUAUCAUUUACGGAGUCAAGCACCCGCAGUUUAAGAAGGUACUGCGGCCGAUGUUGAGAUGUAAGUGGAAGAAAAUACCACAACCGUCUAAGACGUUGCAAGCGAUUCUCUCAAUGCGCCAGAGAGAGAACGAAACUAGAGAAUAA